UACUUCGGAUAAGGAACGCCCCUCCCCACCUGGCUAUUUGGUUGGCCAGCACGUUUGCCACUACGUCAUUCACCCGCGCCACCCGGAAGCCGCUGUUCCUACCAACGUCUCUUAUUGCCGGCGGCCCUAAGGAGCCCAUCAUGGCGACGCCCCCUAAACGGCGGGCGUUGGAGGCCACGGGGGAGAAAGUGCUGCGCUAUGAGGCCUUCAUCAGUGACGUGCUGCAGCGGGACUUGAGAAAGGUGCUGGAUCAUCGAGACAAGGUAUAUGAGCAGCUGGCCAAAUACCUUCAACUGAGAAAUGUCAUUGAGCGCCUGCAGGAAGCUAAACACUCGGAGUUAUAUAUGCAGGUGGAUUUGGGCUGUAACUUCUUCGUUGACACAGUGGUCCCAGAUACUUCGCGCAUCUACGUGGCUCUGGGUUAUGGUUUUUUCUUGGAGUUAACACUCGCAGAAGCCCUCAAGUUCAUUGAUCGUAAGAGCUCUUUCCUCACAGAGGACUUAGAGAACUACAAGGCCUGCAGAAUUUCCCAGAGACUCCUCGCCAGUGACUACUUCUCUCCAUCCUCCAACAUUAAAGAGCCUGAAUGCCUUUGAGUCACAUGGCCCUUCUUUUUCCCUUAACCCCUGCUGGUUGCCAAGGUGACCUUUGUGUAGAGCACUAAGUUACUGGGAGACCCAGUGGUCCAGUCUCAGUGUGAAACCUCUAAAGCACCCUGAAAGUCCUACUGUAGUAUUUGCCACUUGAUUCUAUGCUCUUCCCUCCUUUCUCAGCUUGGUAACCUGGACCCUCCCCUCACCCUUCAUUCCUUUUCCAGGACACCACCCUUUGAAUUGCCAUAGAGAAUGGGCCUAUUCAGCCUCUUCCUCUUUGUCCUAAGGUUUAUCCCUCUCCUGUACCCCAGCAGUUCCUCCAGUACCCUAAAUAACACCCUGUGCCCUUCUUAGCUCAACCUUGGCCUCACCCCUGCUUCUAAAUGGAUCCAGCUCCACCAAUAGGCACAGAUCCCACCCUCCCUAGUCCAGCCCCUAAUCUAGGUUAGGUCCAGCUAACCCCCCAAUCAACCAAGAGCCAGGUUCCACCCUCUUAUAAAUCUGGACAUGACUGGAGCCUGCCCUCCUAGUAGCCGUUUGAUUUCUGCCACUCAACGAUCCUUUGCAUGUCUGGCAGCUAUCCCGCCUUCCUACCUCUGCUGCGUUCUAAAUACGACUUUUCUAGCCAAUCGCUGCAGAGUUACCCUGCCCGCCUACGCAGAGCCAGACCCAACUCUCUCUUUGCUGGCUUCUACGCCCUUUUCUAUAUAAGUCCUGCUUCCGCUGAGCGGCGUGGCGUGCAGCGCCGCCUGUUCGGGUGUUUUGGCAGCUGUCUAGGAGUCUCAUCCGCCAAUCAGCUGAAUAUCAGACCCACCCACUUUAGGUUGUCUGCCAUCUAUCCCCUUUAGGCCAAUCAACGUGAGGCUGGCUCCCAUGAGUCUUGUCAAUUGCCCAUGAUCUAUCAGUCUUGAGCCAAUCAGCACGAAGUACCAGCGAGGCCAAACGCGUCUUCUCCGGACUCAAACGGCAGUCUGCUGUCAGUCAUUGGCCUUUCAGCCAAUCACAGCAUAGACUUCUGAGGCAGAGCCCGCCUCUCCAAGCAAAGAAGCUGUGCAGUAGAGCUGUGGCUCUUUGGCCAAUCAGCGAGCGGCGGGAC